AUGUCAGUUUUAAAAACGCCUGAGCUACGGCACAACACUCACGUAAUAUAUCCAACAGAUGUUAUGCAUAUAAGCCCCUUAACCUUAACACUAAUGCUAAUUCUGGUUAUUGUUGUGUCUGAAACGUUGU